AUGAAUACAACAACCCAAUCUCCAUGCAUAGUUCUAAGUUGGUCAUCUGAUACAGCUGGCACUCGUAAACCAACAUUAUACAUUUGUAUAAUGGCAACAAUAAUUCAUACAAUAUUUUGGAUUCAUUUUUUAUUUUAUUCAUCAAUUCGACAACGAGGAAUGUUUUGGCUUUAUGUCUAUUUAUUAACUGAUCUUUUUCUUAUCUUUCGAUUUUUUUUAUUUUAUGGUCAACGUAUUUCCAUGAUUUGUGUUCCAAGAUCAGCACGUACAAUUUUAUGUUAUUUCGAAGCGAUUUCAAAAAUUUAUACAAAUGUAAUCCAAAGUUAUAUUCUCUUAGGACUUAACGUAUGUCGGUAUAUACAAAUUGUUUUUAAUAGAAAUGUUUAUAUAAAAAAUGUCCGGUCACUUAUCUUGAGUAAUUUAGCAAUUUAUAUUAUUCCAAUGCUUAAUAUUAUUAUUCAAUUUCUUGUUAAUUGGACACAACUAUGGCGUCAAUUAGGUGGAAUAUGUGACAUUAAAUAUAUGUCAGUAUAUGUUCAAAUAUUUAAUAUAUUUAUUGUUUAUUUUAUUCCAGUUACUUUGAAUAUAAUAUUCAUUUUUCUUUGUAUUCGUUUUAUAAGUUCAACUGGAAAUAUUCGUAAUCAGCAAAUAAUUAAUAAUCGUCGUAAAUUUCAUAUGAGAUUAGUUAUUCAAUCAGUAGUAUUUUAUUCCAUUUGGCUUAUUUUAUGGAGUCCAUUUGUACUUUCUUUUCAAUUUGUUAAUGCAAAUACAUCAGUAGGUAUUGUUACAUCAAUGCUUAAUUAUAUUCAAAUUGCAUUAGAUCCAGCUAUCGUUGCAAUUAUUGACAUGAGAUUUUAUAAAGCGUGGAAGAAAACAUUUACUAAAAUUAUAAGAAAAAGAAAAAGACAAAGGCAAACUCUUCCAACAAAAAUAACAGAAGCCACUAAAAGAUACUAG